AUGAACCUUGUCGUCCUUACUGUGACACAACAUGAUCCCAUCAACAAAUCGCCUAAAAACUAUAGUAUAGUAGUAGUAGCAGUAGUAGUAGUAGUAGUAGUAGUAGUAGUAGUAGUAGUAGUAGUAGUAGUAGUAGUAGUAGUAGUAGUAGUAGUAGUAGUAGUAGUAGUAGUAGUAGUAGUAGUAGUAGUAGUAGUAGUAGUAGUAGUAGUAGUAGUAGUAGUAGUAGUAGUAGUAUUGGUCCAAGUGGCACUCCGGGGUCUUCACAGUCAUCUUCGAGUACAAACUUGCUGGGAUCAUGACGAUCACCAGCUGGGAGUUGGUACGGACCCGCUGGUGCACGCCGUCGCGCUGCGCUCACUCCUGGAACGUGCGUUGCCAACGCUAGAUGAGGCGUCACGGGCAGACCUGGUGGCAGACCGAUGUGUGGAUAGUCUGCCGGAGCCCUUGCGUGGGAUGGUACGCGUCGCCCGUGCCGGCCGUUCACUGAAUUUGGUCCAGCUCGCGGACGUGGCUCGAGAACUGGCCAUGCUUGACGUACCUGUGGUCAAUACGGCCCAUGUCGGAGAUUCAUGGAAGGACGUCGAACUUGUGGGGGAGAAUUAUGAACUGGACCUUUCGAACCUGGAGGACGAACCAGUGAAAGCCGAAAAGUUGGAAGAAACCGAGUUUUCUUGCUGUGGAAACGUGGAAUCUAUCUUAUACGAACAGCCUGAAAUCCCGAAGGAUAUUGAAGGAAGUAUACCGGAAACAUUUCUGCUGGAGACUUCAAUCACUACUGAUGAGGUGGAAGAUGUCGGAAAACUGAACCGUACCUCUGAAAAUAUGGAAAACUGUAACCGGGAUUGCUCUGAAAGUCAACCUGAUGAUGGUGGAAACGAAGACAUGUCAUUUGCUCCAGUCUCCAUUGCAUCGAAAGACAACGGGUCAUGUCUUGCGCAAUGUGAAACCAAGACGCCGUUCAAAGUGGAUACAGAAGACGUUUACCCCUUACCUGAGCAAGUGCCGGGUGAGGAAGUCCAACCUUAUGCAUCCCGAAUGGAGACUGCUGGAAGUCAUAUCCAGGAUGAUAGGGGAAUGACACAACGCAUGGUGCUCAGUAACUUUGAAGUGAUUAUAACAGUAGUAGUAGUAGUAGUAGUAGUAGUAGUAGUAGUAGUAGUAGUAGUAGUAUUAGUAGUAGUAGUAGUAGUAGUAUUGGUCCAAGUGGCACUCCGGGGUCUUCACAGUCAUCUUCGAGUACAAACUUGCUGGGAUCAUGACGAUCACCAGCUGGGAGUUGGUACGGACCCGCUGGUGCACGCCGUCGCGCUGCGCUCACUCCUGGAACGUGCGUUGCCAACGCUAGAUGAGGCGUCACGGGCAGACCUGGUGGCAGACCGAUGUGUGGAUAGUCUGCCGGAGCCCUUGCGUGGGAUGGUACGCGUCGCCCGUGCCGGCCGUUCACUGAAUUUGGUCCAGCUCGCGGACGUGGCUCGAGAACUGGCCAUGCUUGACGUACCUGUGGUCAAUACGGCCCAUGUCGGAGAUUCAUGGAAGGACGUCGAACUUGUGGGGGAGAAUUAUGAACUGGACCUUUCGAACCUGGAGGACGAACCAGUGAAAGCCGAAAAGUUGGAAGAAACCGAGUUUUCUUGCUGUGGAAACGUGGAAUCUAUCUUAUACGAACAGCCUGAAAUCCCGAAGGAUAUUGAAGGAAGUAUACCGGAAACAUUUCUGCUGGAGACUUCAAUCACUACUGAUGAGGUGGAAGAUGUCGGAAAACUGAACCGUACCUCUGAAAAUAUGGAAAACUGUAACCGGGAUUGCUCUGAAAGUCAACCUGAUGAUGGUGGAAACGAAGACAUGUCAUUUGCUCCAGUCUCCAUUGCAUCGAAAGACAACGGGUCAUGUCUUGCGCAAUGUGAAACCAAGACGCCGUUCAAAGUGGAUACAGAAGACGUUUACCCCCUACCUGAGCAAGUGCCGGGUGAGGAAGUCCAACCUUAUGCAUCCCGAAUGGAGACUGCUGGAAGUCAUAUCCAGGAUGAUAGGGGAAUGACACAACGCAUGGUGCUCAGUAACUUUGAAGUGGGUCUUCACAGUCAUCUUCGAGUACAAACUUGCUGGGAUCAUGACGAUCACCAGCUGGGAGUUGGUACGGACCCGCUGGUGCACGCCGUCGCGCUGCGCUCACUCCUGGAACGUGCGUUGCCAACGCUAGAUGAGGCGUCACGGGCAGACCUGGUGGCAGACCGAUGUGUGGAUAGUCUGCCGGAGCCCUUGCGUGGGAUGGUACGCGUCGCCCGUGCCGGCCGUUCACUGAAUUUGGUCCAGCUCGCGGACGUGGCUCGAGAACUGGCCAUGCUUGACGUACCUGUGGUCAAUACGGCCCAUGUCGGAGAUUCAUGGAAGGACGUCGAACUUGUGGGGGAGAAUUAUGAACUGGACCUUUCGAACCUGGAGGACGAACCAGUGAAAGCCGAAAAGUUGGAAGAAACCGAGUUUUCUUGCUGUGGAAACGUGGAAUCUAUCUUAUACGAACAGCCUGAAAUCCCGAAGGAUAUUGAAGGAAGUAUACCGGAAACAUUUCUGCUGGAGACUUCAAUCACUACUGAUGAGGUGGAAGAUGUCGGAAAACUGAACCGUACCUCUGAAAAUAUGGAAAACUGUAACCGGGAUUGCUCUGAAAGUCAACCUGAUGAUGGUGGAAACGAAGACAUGUCAUUUGCUCCAGUCUCCAUUGCAUCGAAAGACAACGGGUCAUGUCUUGCGCAAUGUGAAACCAAGACGCCGUUCAAAGUGGAUACAGAAGACGUUUACCCCCUACCUGAGCAAGUGCCGGGUGAGGAAGUCCAACCUUAUGCAUCCCGAAUGGAGACUGCUGGAAGUCAUAUCCAGGAUGAUAGGGGAAUGACACAACGCAUGGUGCUCAGUAACUUUGAAGUGAUUAUAACAGUAGUAGUAGUAGUAGUAGUAGUAGUAGUAGUAGUAGUAGUAGUAGUAGUAGUAGUAGUAGUAGUAGUAGUAGUAGUAGUAGUAGUAUUGGUCCAAGUGGCACUCCGGAUAGUAGUAGUAGCAGUAGUAGUAGUAGUAGUAGUAGUAGUAGUAGUAGUAGUAGUAGUAGUAGUAGUAGUAGUAGUAGUAGUAGUAGUAGUAGUAGUAGUAGUAGUAGUAGUAGUAGUAGUAGUAGUAGUAGUAGUAUUGGUCCAAGUGGCACUCCGUGUUUGUGUAGUUUCGGGUCUUCACAGUCAUCUUCGAGUACAAACUUGCUGGGAUCAUGACGAUCACCAGCUGGGAGUUGGUACGGACCCGCUGGUGCACGCCGUCGCGCUGCGCUCACUCCUGGAACGUGCGUUGCCAACGCUAGAUGAGGCGUCACGGGCAGACCUGGUGGCAGACCGAUUUGUGGAUAGUCUGCCGGAGCCCUUGCGUGGGAUGGUACGCGUCGCCCGUGCCGGCCGUUCACUGAAUUUGGUCCAGCUCGCGGACGUGGCUCGAGAACUGGCCAUGCUUGACGUACCUGUGGUCAAUACGGCCCAUGUCGGAGAUUCAUGGAAGGACGUCGAACUUGUGGGGGAGAAUUAUGAACUGGACCUUUCGAACCUGGAGGACGAACCAGUGAAAGCCGAAAAGUUGGAAGAAACCGAGUUUUCUUGCUGUGGAAACGUGGAAUCUAUCUUAUACGAACAGCCUGAAAUCCCGAAGGAUAUUGAAGGAAGUAUACCGGAAACAUUUCUGCUGGAGACUUCAAUCACUACUGAUGAGGUGGAAGAUGUCGGAAAACUGAACCGUACCUCUGAAAAUAUGGAAAACUGUAACCGGGAUUGCUCUGAAAGUCAACCUGAUGAUGGUGGAAACGAAGACAUGUCAUUUGCUCCAGUCUCCAUUGCAUCGAAAGACAACGGGUCAUGUCUUGCGCAAUGUGAAACCAAGACGCCGUUCAAAGUGGAUACAGAAGACGUUUACCCCCUACCUGAGCAAGUGCCGGGUGAGGAAGUCCAACCUUAUGCAUCCCGAAUGGAGACUGCUGGAAGUCAUAUCCAGGAUGAUAGGGGAAUGACACAACGCAUGGUGCUCAGUAACUUUGAAGUGGGUCUUCACAGUCAUCUUCGAGUACAAACUUGCUGGGAUCAUGACGAUCACCAGCUGGGAGUUGGUACGGACCCGCUGGUGCACGCCGUCGCGCUGCGCUCACUCCUGGAACGUGCGUUGCCAACGCUAGAUGAGGCGUCACGGGCAGACCUGGUGGCAGACCGAUUUGUGGAUAGUCUGCCGGAGCCCUUGCGUGGGAUGGUACGCGUCGCCCGUGCCGGCCGUUCACUGAAUUUGGUCCAGCUCGCGGACGUGGCUCGAGAACUGGCCAUGCUUGACGUACCUGUGGUCAAUACGGCCCAUGUCGGAGAUUCAUGGAAGGACGUCGAACUUGUGGGGGAGAAUUAUGAACUGGACCUUUCGAACCUGGAGGACGAACCAGUGAAAGCCGAAAAGUUGGAAGAAACCGAGUUUUCUUGCUGUGGAAACGUGGAAUCUAUCUUAUACGAACAGCCUGAAAUCCCGAAGGAUAUUGAAGGAAGUAUACCGGAAACAUUUCUGCUGGAGACUUCAAUCACUACUGAUGAGGUGGAAGAUGUCGGAAAACUGAACCGUACCUCUGAAAAUAUGGAAAACUGUAACCGGGAUUGCUCUGAAAGUCAACCUGAUGAUGGUGGAAACGAAGACAUGUCAUUUGCUCCAGUCUCCAUUGCAUCGAAAGACAACGGGUCAUGUCUUGCGCAAUGUGAAACCAAGACGCCGUUCAAAGUGGAUACAGAAGACGUUUACCCCCUACCUGAGCAAGUGCCGGGUGAGGAAGUCCAACCUUAUGCAUCCCGAAUGGAGACUGCUGGAAGUCAUAUCCAGGAUGAUAGGGGAAUGACACAACGCAUGGUGCUCAGUAACUUUGAAGUGAUAGUAGUAGUAGCAGUAGUAGUAGUAGUAGUAGUAGUAGUAGUAGUAGUAGUAGUAGUAGUAGUAGUAGUAGUAGUAGUAGUAGUAGUAGUAGUAGUAGUAGUAGUAGUAGUAGUAGUAGUAGUAGUAGUAGUAGUAGUAGUAUUGGUCCAAGUGGCACUCCGUGUUUGUGUAGUUUCGGUAAACCAUACAGUUGUGCAGUUUGAGUUCCUUUUGGCUUCAGAUGAUGCGGAGACUUCGUUCAAAGCAAAGCUGAGCACAUUCACAUCCGCCAUUGAAGAGCUACAGUUGCGAGCUGAUUUGUUAGUUUUACGCCCUAACAAGGGGUCCGGAGCAGUGCUGAUCGAUCGGAAUGAUUAUAAGAAGAAGAUGGAAAGUGUUCUUCAUGAUUCCAGCAAGUUUGUACUCGAAGAUGACUGUGAAGACCCUAAAGAACUAGAACAACAGAUAUCGACAGAAGUACAGUUUCUACUAGAAAGACACUUCAUCGAUGAAAGCACAGCUCACCAUCUGAAGCCAAAAGGAACUCAAACUGCACAACUGUAA